ACAUGGAUUACAUGGAGGCAUUUGACUACAAUCUGACAUAUUUCACGCCGAAUAUGACGAUGGGAGAUUCACAGCUACUCUCCAUAUUAAACCAAGACAUGAAUAAAGGACGAUUUAGUACAUACACAGAAUACAUAUUGAUUUGCUGCUUCUCAGUUUUAAUAGUUUUUGGAGCUCUUGGAAAUGGACUGGUGUGUUACGUGGUCGGCAAAAACCCUCAUAUGCGAACACCCAGAAAUAUUUUCAUCAUCAGUCUGGCGAUUUCAGACUUGACUCUCUGUCUAUUUACGCAGCCAAUUAAUUUAUACAAACUAUUAAGAACACAAUGGGCACUUGGUGAAUUCAUGUGCAAAUUCGUUCCCAUGUUCCAGGGAACAAAUGUCUUCGUUUCAACAAUCAGCAUUACAGCGAUUGCUCUCGAUCGGUUCCAAGUUAUUGUGUACCCCACAAAAGACAGUAUGAAGAAACUUGGUGCUGUCGCGGCCUUACUAUCAAUUUGGAUAAUAUCCUUUCUUAUUGCGAGUCCUUUGCUGAUAUUUUCCAUUCACAAAACUGAAAUGCCGUUUAAGGACAUGGAUAUAUAUCUCACUUUUCGCAUUUGCUAUGAAGACACAUCAUUACAAGAAGAAAAGGGUGCAUAUUCUGUUGCUUCAAUGGUGGUCCAGUAUAUAUUGCCGAUUGUUAUUGUGACAAUAGCUCACCUCCGUAUAUGUAAUAAACUGAAAUACAGAAUGGCAAAUCAACAAAAUGCUCUGGGUGCACGGUCAAAUACUGAAAGACAGAAACAAAGAAGAAACUCUCGAAGAAAAAGACGAACAAAUAUUCUGCUGGCUUCUAUUGGAAUUAUAUUUGCACUGAGUUGGUUACCGUUGAAUAUUUUCAACAUACUCAGCGAUUUUCGACUUGCGCUUUUUUUGGAAUCCAUAAACAUCAACUUAGUAUACGUAAUAUGUCAUAUGCUGGUGUUAAGUUCUGCUUGUACUAAUCCAGUGCUAUAUGGAUGGUUGAACGAAAAUUUCAAAAACGAAUUCUUGAAAAUUUUAUGCAAAGGAUGUUGUAUUAAAAUGUCCCAUUUCUGUCAAAAGCACAGACAAAAUGGUGUGGUCAUUAUGUUGGCGAAUGAGAGACAUGAAAGGGAUGGUCAUUCUGUCACUGCGGCUUCGACAACCAACAUCAUGACCCACAAAACGCUUAUUGAGCCGCACGUGUCCUUAUGACUACUUUUGAACCUCUUGUAGAAAAAACAUUUUAAAAGAAAUACCUUGAUAAGGAACUCAUCUGUGAACGGACUUCAAACAGCAGGACUUGAUAUUAGUAGUACUGUGUUAUAUUAUCAUUACAGAGAUUCCAAGGAAUU